AUGAGAGUCUUGAUGGAGACAGAAUUAGAAGAAGCAGAAUGGAUUCAAACCAGAUUUGACCAACUCAAUCUAAUCGAAGAAAAGAGGAUGACAGCGUUGUGUCAUGGUCAGUUAUAUCAGAGGAGACUCAAGCGGGCGUUUGACAAGAAGGUCCGACCUCGAGAGUUUAAUGUAGGUGAACUAGUUUUGAAAAAGAUAAUCUCCCUCCAUAAGGAUUCACGUGGCAAGUGGAUUCCAAACUAUGAAGGACCAUUUGUGGUGAAGAAAGCUUUCUCUGGUGGAGCUUUAGUUCUCACGAACAUGGACGGAGAAGAGUUGACACACCCCAUCAAUUCUGAUGCAGACUUUCAGUUGGCGCCAACAUUGGAAGAGUUCUCACAUAUAGCAAACAUUGGUAUCAAGGAUGAAGUCCCUUACACCGGUCUAGGGGAAUUUCCUACACAUCAACAAAUAGGUUCAUCUAUACAUCUAGAUAAAGCGGAAGUGAAGGCUAAUCUUGGACCAAAAGGAGGCACUUCGGGAUUCACUUUGAAGUUCUUAGUGGGAAAAGCUUCAGAUUUCAAAAGUAAAGAAGAUUGGGUCGCUUUCAAUGCUGUGUUAGCCUUGAUACUCUAUGGGAUUGUCUUGUUCCCGAACAUUGAUGACUUCGUGGACAUGACUGCUAUACGCAUUUUCUUGCUCAAGAAUCCCAUUCCCACCUUGCUUGCAGAUGUUUAUCACUCUAUCCAUUGGAGAAAUGAGAAGAAGGGGGGGAUGAUCCAGUGUUGCGCUCCUUUACUGUAUAAAUGGUUCUUAUCUCACUUACCAAGCGAAGGGCCUUUUAUUCAGAACAAGGAUAACCUCAAGUGGUCUCAAAAAAUCAUGUCUCUCACUGCCAAUGACAUCACCUGGUACUCUCGUGUUUAUGAUGAUGUGGACAUAAUCGUCAAAUGUGGCAACUUCCAUAAUGUGCCACUCAUAGGAACUCGAGGUUGCAUCAAUUACAAUCCUGAGCUUGCUAUGCGGCAACUUGGGUUUCCUAUGAAUGACAAACCAGAAGACAAGUUGUUAGAAGGUUUCUUGCUGGGAGAAGGAGUGAAGGACGUUGAUCUGGUGAAGAGGAUAGGUCGUGCCUGGACUAAAGUUCGUAGAGAAGGAAAAAGGGAGCGUGGAAAGAAGAAUUGUAUAGCUAGAGGGCCAUAUACAAGUUGGGUCCAAGCCAGAGUUUCUCAAGACAAAUUACCAUACCCUUAUGAGCCUCCAAUGCAUAUAAAUCCUCCAGAAUCUACUCACGUCACUAUGGAGGAAGCUAAAGAGCUCAAAGUUGUCAUCCAAAAAAGGGAAGAACGAGAACGCCGCAGUAAAGAGAGUGUUAUGGCUGCUACUCAAGUUACACCUGAAAUGUGGAAUGGAAAGUGCCAGGAGGCUGAAAAUGCUAAUGAGUGGGAACGAUACUGGAGAGGCCGACAUGACUCUUUGCUACAAGAAGGUGAAGAUUGGAUGAACGCAAGGGAAAAUGUGAAUGCUAGCUUGGCAGCCUGCGAGGAAACCAUCCAGUUUUUACAUGAACAAAGAAAUGAGUAUCGAGACAAGUUUGCCAGUUUGAUAGACUUCUGUAAUGGCAUGGCUACGAAUGUGCCUUUGAUGCUAAGAUGUGAUUUGGAAGACAUAGACAAUGACAAUAUCCCUCGUUCAGUGACUGAAUUUAUUUAUCUUUGUGAAGACAUGAUAAAAAGGUUCAAAGGAGAGUUAGAAGAUCUCAACAAACAGAAGCCUGCAGUUUGA